CAAGAGGUAGAGAGAGAGAUUCCCCUUUCUUCUCUUCUCCUUCAUUCCACUGAGGAGGAUGGAUAUAUUCAUCUAAUCUAAACAGGGCUGCUGGAGCCUGCUGAGAUCCAGGCAGUGUAGCACCCAGGUCUGACAUCUCUCCUGCUGGGUCCCUCUCACUGCUCAUCUAGUCCCCUUCGCGUCCCGCUCACCUGCUGCUCCGUCCGGUCUACUCACCAUGAAGCCCUGCUGGGUCCUUUUAACUCUGGCCAUACUCUGGCUGGAGCUCCAAAAUGGUGCCUGCCAGCAGGUCAAUCGUAGGAAGGAGGUGGGAGAGAACCGCAUCAGGCCUGGAGGCAAGCGGGCCAAGGUUCGCUACCCCAAAUUGAAGGAGAAGGAGGCAGGAGGAAGAGGGCAGUCCAUCCUGACCCAGGUCCUGGAUAAGGGCCGUUUCCUGAGGCUGGGAGAGAGCGUGAGCCUCAGCCCUGGUAACAACAUAGAGCUGCGUUGUAAAGGCAGUAACAUCGGCUGGUCCUACCCUAUCUACCUGGACACCUUCAAUGACUCCCGACUCAGCAUCAAGAAGAGUGACAAGUACAGCCAAUUUAUCCUGACGUCUCCCUCUGCUGCCGACACAGGGAUGUACAGCUGCUGGGUCACACUGUGUGACGGAUCGGAGUGUCUCAAAGACCCCGACCGCACCUCCAGGACUUAUAUCUACUUCCCAGACAAGGAUGAUCUCUUCGUCCCCUCCACCAUCCACUUUGAGAUUGUCUACCUGCGUCCGGAUAGGACUGCUGUUAUCCCAUGUCGUGUGACCAGUCCGCUGGCCAAGGUGUCCCUGCACAGAGAGGUCCCCCCAGAGGAGAUGGAAGUGGAUGGGACACUGGUCUCCUACGACCCAACCAAGGGCUUCAUCCUCCAGAAGCCCAGUCCAGAGCACCAGGGAGUGUUUUACUGCAAGGCUGUGACCAAGGCCAUCCCACAGAUCUCCACAAAGUACCAGCUGCUUUACGUGGAGGUGCCCAGUGGCCCACCAUACGUUACCAUUGAAGCGUCCCUUUCCUCUGCGAGGGGAGGAGACAACAUCAACAUCACCUGUACUGUCCUGGGAGAGCCAGAGAUGGACGUCACCUUCACAUGGACCUAUCCUGGCCAGAACCUCCGUCCUGUUAGUGUGCGUGAUUCGUGGAGGCUGAUCAACAGAGGAAUGGGACACACCACCCGCAUCUCCCAGAGCGUCAUGGCCGUUGAUGACCUGGAGACCAUCGACUUUGGAAGAUACAUAUGCAGAGCCAAGAACAAGCGCGGGGAGACCGCUGUGGUCACCAGCGUCCACUCUAACUAGCCAGAAAUAACACUUAUAACCUGUAUAGGCAACAUUCCACUUUGGUGGCAACUUCACAUUAGGCCUCUUGCAGCUUGUGUAGAUUUCAACUAAAUGUUUGCCACUUUGCUGAGGUUGAUUGACCAAUAAGGCUAGCACAGGGAGUAUACUAGUUGAGCUAGUAUACUCAAAACCAGUGUCAGUUUGACUAGCUGUUAUCCAGUAAAAUCUGUGUAAAUAUCAAUUUAGAAAUAUUAAUGUAUCCAGCUUAUGUAGAUGCACAUUUACUCAAUGUCUCUGAGGACAUUAAAGAUAUCUUCAUCUCCUCUGAUGUAUGGUGAAGCUCUUCCUGGGCACACAUCUUUCCCUUCUGUGGUGAAAGACAUUUUACAAUGAAACAAUAUUGGAUGCUUUGUUGGGGGAUUUGUUAAGUCUAAAAGGAAAACCAUCAUGUGAGAGAAGCCUCUGCUCUCUCUCUGGUGUGAAGGGGAAGAAAUAUAAACCGUGUGCCCUGCCUCACUCCUAAUGGGCUCCGUAUGUGGAAUGUUAAACGCAGGCCCAGAUCUUAUUUUGGUCCAGUAUAACACACUUACUGCAUUUCCACCUCUCUCUCAACAGAAACACACUAGGCUGUUGCGGUCUCUUAGAAUGAUCUAUACGGAACAACAUGUAAAGUGUUGGUCCCAUGUUUCAUGAGCUGAAAUAAAAGAUCCCAGAAAUGUUCCAUAACACAAAAAGCUUAUUUCACUCAAAUUAUGUGCACAAAUUUGUUUGCAUUUCUCCUUUGCCAAGAUAAUCCAUCUACCUGACAGGUGUGGUUUAUCAAUAAGCUGAUUAAACAGCAUGAUCAUUACACAGGUGCACCUUGUGCUCGGGCCACUAAUAAAAGGCCACUUGUCACACAACACAAUGCCACAGAUGUCUCAAGGUGUGUGUGCAGGAACGUCCACCAGAGCUGUUGCCAGAGAAUUUCUCUACCAUAAGCCACUUACAACGGCGUUUUAAAGAAUUUGGCAGCAUGUCCAACCAGCCAAGCCAGCCCUGGACCUCCACCUCCGGUUUCUUUACCUGCGGGAUUGUCUGAGACCAGCCACCCAGACAGCUGAGGAGUAUGUCUGCAAUAAAGCCUUUUUGUGGGGAAAACCCCAUUCUGAUUGGCUGGGCCUGGCUCCCCAGUGGGUGGGCCUGUGCCUUCCCAGGCCCACCCAUGGCUGCGUCCCUGCCCAGUCAUGUGAAAUCCAUAGAUUAGGGCCUAAUGAAUUUAUUUAAAUUGACUGAUUUCCUUAUAUGAAUUGUAACACAGUAAAAUCAUUGAAAUUG